AUGGAGUCACAGUGGAAGCUAUUCCUACUAUUGCUCAGCCUCAGCUCGGCAACAUCCGUCGUUGGUUCGGACCAGGAAAACAUCUUCGCUUUGGAGCUAUUCAAGCAAGUCUACAGCCUGGAAACCACGAACAAUUUCGCCUUGUCUCCGUCGAUCUUCCGAGCAACGUUAACGCUCCUGUACCAGAUCGCCAACUGGAAUGUGGCCACCGAGAUGCAGCAAGCCUUGCUGCUUCCGCAGGACAGAUCCGAAGCAGCCACGCAGCUAAAAACCUUCCUCUCCAAAUCCAUUGAAGAUCGACAGAACUUCGUGGUUGCUGCCCAACUUUAUCGUGACCCCAGUGAGUUGAGUUUGAAGUUCUUGACACUGCUGAACGGUUACCUGAAACCGGAAGUGACUCUAGCGCCCAGUAGUGAUCCCAAUACGGUCAUCACAGUGUCUCCCAAAGUUAUAAAUAUGCCCAAUUACAACCUACUGGUUUCAAGUGCAUUCAAUCUAUCAGCGGCUUGGAAGAACAAAUUCAACCCCUCGGACGGAAGAGCCGGUGUGUUCAAGUUCACGACUGGUUACUACCAGACACAUUUCAUGAAGCAAACAGCUCGAUUCGGUAUUGUGAAGCUGGAUCUGUUCACCGCGCUGGAAAUGCAGUACGAUUGGCAUUCGGAUCUGUCGAUGAUUCUUGUGAUGCCCAACGACGAAGAUGUUCCGCUGGCCACGCUGGUGCAGCAGCUAAAUCUGGAUACCUAUCGCACAAUCGAUUCCCAACUGAGACAACGCUUUGUGGAUGUUGCGAUUCCAAAGUUUUCGAUCGAUAGCAACGUCCAACUGGGGAUGAGUAUGGCGAGGAUGGGAAUGGUCUCGCCCUUCCUAGCGAAUGCUUUCGAUCUGUACCGCUUCCGCGGAAGUGGCUUGGGUCCCGUUGAACAGGCUGGAUCGAUCAACGUACUUGAAGGUGGAACCAUUGCAACCGAGGAUGCACCGAAAGAUACUCUACCUACAGCACUGCUUCCGGUAUUUCGUGCCGAUAGACCGUUUCUGUUUUUGCUGAGGAAGCGAACCUCGAAGGAAAUUCUCGUCAUUGGACAUUAUUCACAUUUUACGGCGUGA